AUAAACCUUGAAAUCAUGAAGGUCAUUCCUGUUGCCUUGAUCGCCCUUCUCGUUGCUGGAGCGUUUAUGGCUUCCAGCGCACAAGAGGAAGCAAACCAAGUGGCUCAUGUUCGAGUUCGACGUGGUUUCGGAUGUCCCUUGGACCAAGGGGCGUGUCACAGGCACUGCCAGAGCGUCGGACGACGCGGAGGUUACUGCGCGGGAUUUCUGAAGCUGACGUGCACAUGCUACCACAACUAG